AUGUCUUCCGCCACCAUCCCAACCGCGAUCGCGAUUCCGAAGCAGACCUUCGUGAGAUACACUUCUUCCUCCGGAAACGCUUCGCCUUCCAACGGAUCGCGCAGCACUUCUCCUCAUUCUCCCUCGUGCUCGUCGUCGGCCGAACAUUCACGGUCUAGCAGCCGUCGCCGGGAGUCCUUUGGCUCUAUCAAAGAAGACGUCGACGGCAUUGCCCAAUCGUUCGUCGAUACCCACAUUGAACACUCCCCUCAGGAGACCGCUAAGCCUAACCCCUUAGAGAUGCAGCCGACUCCCGACUUCUGCUGCCCCUGUGGUGGCUUUCUGGGAUGGAAGCAGAUCCGGUUGGGAGGCAAGAGCUUGAGUCGCAGCUACAGCGAUCUUCGAGGGCUGAACCAACUGCACUCCCGUUGGGCCUGGGAGUCGACCUCCCCCGUGGCCGAACCCCCGAGUCAGACCCUGCAGGUUCCGGAAGAGAAGCAGGUUGUCGUGGAGGAAGAGCAACCUAAGCCGGUCCCGGGAACCUCGCGCUUGGAGAAGGUCCCACCGGAGGUGCUUGACCAAAUCAUCUCCCUCUUGGCGCUUGAUGUACCCCCCAACGGAUAUACUCCCCGCAAUGUGGAUCUGAUCUCAUGCCUUCUGACCUCCAAGACUUUGCAUGCGGCUACGCUUAGUGUGUUGUACAGGAACAUGACUUUCCCCCACUCCAUCAUCUUCUCCAAGGCAUUGAACCACAUCUCCCUCUAUCCGGCAUUGGGCACUUUGGUGCGUCGUCUCGACUUCUCUCACUUUACUUCGGUGGGCUUGGGACGGACCAAGCAGAUGAACUCGGAGAUCCAGAACCUUACCUCCAAGACCCUGCUACAGUGCUUGGAAUUGUUGCCCAACCUGCGCGAAUGCUUGCUUCAGGAGCACGUGGAGGGUGAUCUCAGCAUGGAAGUUAUCCGAAAGCUGUUUACGGGCCUUCCCAACCUGUCCGCUGUUGAUUUCUGCGGCUGCUCUACCCAGUCUUUCUCCGGUCUCUUCCUCGAGGCGUUGACCUCGGGUCCUGGUCUCCCGGCUGCAUUGCCUAACUUGAGACGGGUUUCGUUGCACGAAUGCAGCAGCUUACCGUCGGUGGCGUUUGAGAUUCUCCUCCCUCGCUUGGUCAACUUGACCCACUUGGAUCUCACUCACACUCAGGUCAGCGAGGAUGCGCUUUUCUCGAUCCCUAAGACCGCCCAGAUCACCCACCUCAGCCUGUCCCGGUGCAGUCGCCUGCGUGGUCCCAAGGUGGUGGAGUUCCUAACCACUCAUCCUGCUGUCUGUGGCUCGCUGGUGUUCUUGAACCUUUUGACCGAUCCUACGCGCUCCCGUCUCUUGGAGGAGGAAGACGUUUCGGCGCUUCUCCCACACUUGCCUUCCUCCCUCUGCUCCCUCAAUUUGGGCGGUGCGAAGGUCACCUCCGCUCACACCAAAGCUCUGAUCCCUCUGACUAAGCACUUGGAGGAGUUGGGGCUGAGCUCCUGUGAGCUGUCGGGUCAGGAUCUGAACCAGUUUUUCGUUCCACCUCGGCCUGCCACUGGUGAAUGGGUCCCGCAUACCCUUCGUUACCUGGAUCUCAACAAGGCUCCCCAGUUGACGAUCGGAACCGUGUUCAACCCGAAUGCUUGUGUCAUUCUCUCGCAGCAGACCUAUCCUCUGCAGGUCAUCGAAUUCAGUGACAAGCUAAUUGCUCCUCUGCGGGAAAGAGCUCGAAAUGCCAAAACGUCGCCCGGCUGGACUGUCCGUGAGCUGGGCCGUCGUGGCUGGUAUGUACGCGACCCUGCCUCUAUGCCGAACUACGCUCUGGACGACGGUUCGCGCGACUGGAAGAUGGGUGCCAGAUGGUGGGGCAUGAGGAAGAUCCCUGUCGCCGUCGGAGAAGUCGGUGGCAUCUACGGACACUACAUGUUCAAGAAGUAA